UGACCUCAUUUUGCAUCCAACAAAGGCAAAACCCUAACAAAAAAGAGGGCCAUUUCCAUCUCCAAUUCAUAACGCCACACCCUUCUAGAAAAGCCCAUUUUGAUCUUCCAAGAGGGUUUCUUCUGACCCAAAUUUCUUCAGAAACGAAAGCAAAAUCUUGUUUUUGCUCCCAUGUUUCAUCGUUUUUAGUUUUUAAUUUCGUUGUUUGCAGACCGUAGCUUAUUAAUUUUGGUUUCUCCUCCUUCGUGUUGCUAAUUUUGUGGUUUGAAUGUUUUAAUCCUCCUGAUGGUUGUUUUUGUGUGCUGAUGAACUUAGGGUUUCGUGUUAUUGCACCUACCAAUUAAGUGGUGGACCAACUACUAAAGUCAGUAUUAUCCUUCCGAAGGAUUCGUCGAAUCGAACACCACUGUGGGACCAUAUGAAUAACUACUGAAUCUGAUAUUUUACCAGGGUGAGGUUUGCUGAGUAGGAGAUAUGUCAGAAAGCAAAAAGACGUCUUCACCAUAUGUUGUCCUUGACAAUCGUUCUCUUGAUCAGUGGAAAGUAACUGAGCUGAAAGAAGAACUCAAGAGACGGAAACUGAUGACCAAAGGAUUGAAAGAUGAUCUGGUUAGGAGGUUGGAUGAAGCUGUUCGUUCUGAAGUUGAAGAGGCUAACCAAAAUCAUGACAUUGGUGUCAAUGAUAUUACCCAGCCUGAGGUUCCAUCUGAUGAUGCCACAGUAGAGACACCUGUUGCAGAGAAAACAAUCAGCAUUAUGGACAAUAGUAGUGCCAACAAUGAGAGCUUAAAGGAAGAAAAAAUUACAGAGACGUUUGAUAAAAAUGUGAGCUUAGAGAAAGAUAGCUUGGCUGAGAAAAUGGAUAGUGAUGGGAGCUUAGAGAAAGAUGGUUUGGUUGAGAAAUUGGAUAAUAACGAGAGCUCAGAGAAACAUAACAUAACAGAGAAUUUGGAUGAUAAAAACAGGAUUAAUAGGGAUGUGCCUGUAGAAAAUGAUGUUUUGCAGCUAUCAGCCAAAAAGUUGGUUACAGAAGGGGAACAUGGCAUUGUUUCUACUGGCAUUGAAGGCUUUCAGGUACUUCAAGAGGUUUCUGCGGAAACUUCUGUUUUGGUCAGUGAGGGUAUGGUAUCUGAAGAGCUGGGACAGCAGGAUUUGCAAAAUGUUGAAAUCAACCAUGAAGGAGAGGUCUCAAACUUGCAGCCAGAGGAUGGAGAGUCAAAGCCUGAAUCACAAUCCUCAAAGGAAGAAGUCAAGCCUAAUUCAUCUCAUAUAGGCGGCCAGGUAGUCGAGGUCAGCCUAGUAAAAUCUGAUUCUAUUUCUAUUGAUACUAUGUCAAUUACUGAAAAGAUUGAACUAAAGGAUAACGUAAUUGCUGAUGAUGUCAAAUUAGAACUUGACGUUAAGCUUGAGAUGGUGCAGCCAUCAUCCAGCAAAGUUGUCCUGGAUGAUGCCAAAACAGAAUCAGUUGUAGUUGAUGAGCCACAUGAGGAAACAUUUACCACCGAAGAGAAAGAUGUCAAUAAUGCUGAAAGUAUCAAUAUAUGCAAGAAAAAUGAUAGUGACGAUGUGGGUUCUCCAGAGAAGUUAAAUUUGGAUCGAAGUUCUGGUGAUGAUUCGAUGGAGGAGGAUGCAUUAGAGAGUAAACAGAUUGAUUCGAAGUUUAAUUCUCAAGAUUUAGGUGAUAUAAGUAAGAAAACGGAGCUGCCUCUUGUAAAGGAGGAUGAGCCUGUUGAUGUUAUGGUCGAGGAUACACCUGCUGCCAAGAAUACCAAAAGUACUAAAGAUAAUAGUGAUCCUUCUGUCGUGCCCAUAAAAAGAAAGCUUCGUGCAGACCAAGAAGCAGUGACAAACGUCGAGGUAGUAAAGAGGCAGCGCAGGUGGAAUUCUGAAAGCCUUAAGGUCCCUGAACAGCAUAGCACUAAUCCUUCUCUAUCUACUACACCUAAGGAUGCAUUCCAGGCUUCUAUGAAGCACAGCUUUUCGAGAUCUGAUUCUUCAGUUAGCCACGAGGAGCCAAAGGAACGUGUUGUUCCCCCAUCGUCAAAGCCUCCAACUACUUCUCUCAGAAUUGAUCGUUUUCUUCGUCCAUUCACUUUAAAGGCUGUGCAAGAACUUCUUGGAAAAACUGGUACAGUCGUUAGUUUCUGGAUGGAUCAUAUCAAAACUCACUGUUAUGUUACUUAUUCAUCAGUUGAAGAAGCUGUAGAAACUCGAAAUGCUGUUUACAACCUCCAAUGGCCGGUGAAUGGAGGACGCCUUCUCCUAGCCGAGUUUGUGGAUCCAUCAGAGGUCAAAAGUCGAACUGAAGCUCCGCUACCAUCUCCACGAACUCCUGUCACACCUACCCUACCACAACCAACUCCAGCUGCCGCACAACCACCACAGCAGCUUCCUCCUCCACCCCCACUCCCCCUUCCACCUCCACCACCACUCUCUCUUCCACCACAAUCAAGAGAACCCACCCUCCCCCCACCGCCCCCACUCCAUGAACCACCCAUCAUGACAUUGGACGAUCUGUUCAGAAAGACAAGAGCAACUCCUCGAAUUUAUUACCUGCCGUUGUCCGAUGAACAAGUUGCAGCGAAAGUGAAGGGACAGGGGAAAACUGCAAAGCAGUCUGCAGGUGUUGCGUUUAGGAAGGAGCAGCGGUGGCUCUCGAGGAGCUCGUUUCGUGAUAGAUUUAGAUGUUUUCCAAGGACUCUCCAUUUGUUUAAGAACCCAAACACCCGAAAGUUGAGAUCUCGGAUCGGAACUAAUAUUUGCUCAAUUUAUUUUCUGGACAUCGAAACCUUGUUUCUCAAAACGUUGUACCCAUGUUUGAGAUUACUUUUGUAUGCUUAAUGGAAUUCAGAGAGGUAGCUGCUCCUAUCGUCAAGGAUUCGCAACAUGUAUUUAAUCAAUUU